GAGCAACAGCGAUUGCUGUGCAAGUGGGAAAUCGCAGCCUCCGGCAAACUCAGCAACAAACCUCAUACCAUGACAACUCAAUACAAGGAGGAGAUCUGCGAGAGGUCCGAGUGUAAAAGUAAAUCCCCAACUUUGCUCUCCUCUUACUGCAUCGACAGUAUUCUGGGCAGGAGGAGCCCCUGUAAAAUGAGGUGCUUUGGAGCUCAGGCGUUACCAGUCCUGGCGGCCAGGAGUGAGCCAGACACCGCCAUCGAAGGAUCACCCAAGGAAAACAUGGCAUUUGACUCGGAGCUCCAUCUCCCCCCUAAAUUCCGAAGACUGUACGGACAGGGGGGACACUUUUUGGACACCAGGGAAUUUAACGAGACCGGUGAAAAAUUGGAAAAGGACAGAUCUCCCGACCAGCUCCGAAACGUCGAUCUGAAAAUCAACCAAGCUCCACAAGUCAGCAUCAGCCGCAGUAAAUCGUACAAAGAAAACUCCAGUUUGGGCAAAACGCAGGAAGAAAACAGGCAAAAGUUUGCCGAGCCAUCAGAGUUGGUCUCGGAUGAACCCAUCGACAUGGAUCCCAAGUCGUUUGAGGGAGUUGUGAAGGAGGUUGCGGUUGAAGAUGAGCUGUCCCCCAAACUUGUGGAGGAGGCUCAGGCGGAUGUGGAUGGGAAGGAUGGGGAGGACAGUCUGUGUUUGUCAGCCGGCAGUGACUCUGAAGAAGGCAUGUUGAAAAGAAAACAGCGUCGGUACAGGACUACAUUCACGAGUUACCAACUCGAAGAACUGGAGCGAGCUUUCCAGAAAACCCACUAUCCAGAUGUCUUCACCAGGGAGGAGCUGGCAAUGCGGUUAGAUUUAACAGAAGCACGGGUACAAGUUUGGUUUCAAAACCGUAGAGCGAAGUGGAGGAAGAGGGAGAAGGCAGGAGCUCAGAGCCACGCGGCCGGGCUGCCCUUCACGAGUGCUUUGGGAGCCGGUCACCCCCUGGGACCCUAUCUGGACACCAGUCACUUCGGGCACCAUCCUACCCUGGAGUCCGCCUGGACAGCCGCAGCCGCCGCAGCCGCCGCCGCCGCCGCCUUCCCCGGGCUGCCUCCUCCGCCGGGAAGCGCGGUGCUGCCCCACACCGGGGCCCCUCUGGGCCUCGGCACCUUCCUGGGAGCUGCCAUGUUCAGGCAUCCCUUCAUCACCCCGCACUUCGGCAGGCUCUUCUCGACAGUAGCCCCGCUGACAGGUGCCUCUGGCCCAGCCCUGCUGAGACAGCCAGCCCCGGGGGUGGAGGGGGCAGUGCAGGCGGGCGCCCUCUCAGACCCCGCUGCAGCAGCAGCAGACAGACGGGCAUCCAGCAUCGCAGCGCUCAGACUCAAAGCCAAGGAACACGCGGCCCAACUCACACAGCUCAACAUCCUGCCCACACCCUCCACCGGCAAGGAAGUGUGCUGAACACAGCACAGCACGGAGCUCCCUCAGCACAUGGCGCUGAACAAGACCAAAUUCAAAAGAGGACCAGUUACUUAGCGUGGGGUGGGUUCUCAGAUAGAUCUGCACCUGUGCACGCCAGUCACUCCGAGCCAGUGCUCCUUUGAUCAGAAUGAACAGGCCAUUACAAAAGCUAAAUUAAAACACCGGUUACAUAUCAUAGACUUUAUGCUUUUCCAAAUCACACUUAGAUUUCGCUUUGAGCUCGAGGCUGUGCGCGGUUCACUGUUAAAAUCAUACAAAUGG